GAAUUCCUCUCUCUCUCUCACGUUCGUUGGGAGAUCGCUUGGCUGUUCGAUGGCAACGACCACGACGAACCCGAUGGGGGCGCGGAGCCAUAGAUUCCGCGCACCGCCUCCGACCCCGAUCGCCACCGGGAAGGGCCUGCGAUCUGCCGCUGUCGACGAUCAAGUCCUUUCUGAAUACCUUGAUGGCUCGCUCCGCGUCCCCGACCUCACACUCCCGGGAUCCUACUAUCCGUCACGGUCGCCGCUCAAGGUCCCGCCGGAGGUUGACCUCACAUCGCUCGUAUCCGGCGAUGAGUCGGUUAUACGGAGGGUGCUCGCGGCUGCGUCUGAAGUGGGAGCGGUUCGCGUGGCCUGCGAGGAGACGUCGCUGGUCGAGGAAGCCAGGGCGGCUAUUGAGGCUGGUGCCCCAUUGUUCGCGACGUCGGAGGCGGAUAAAAAUAAGGGGGAGCUGGGGCAGCGGUGGUUCGGGCGGAGGGAUGGUGUCGGCGAGGAGUUCUAUUGGUAUCGGUUGCGGAGCCCGGAGACGGAGCGGCUCCUCCAGCGGAUGUGGCCCAAUUCCUAUCGGAUCCUCAGGGAUACAAUGGAGAAUGUUGCUGCAAGGAUGGAAACCGUUGGGGAGUGCAUUGCCAAGAUUCUUUCUGAACAUGUUGCGAGUCAAACACCCUCCAAGAGAAUUGGCAAGGUUCAGUCAGUCCUCUGUCUGAGAAAGUAUGAUUCUCAUCAUAGCAGAAACAACAUGAGGGAGUUGAGCGACCCAAAAUCGCUUCACUCUCAUGCUUUGAGUCUCCACAUUUCUGGAUACGAUGAAGACUUUUGCAUCCGUCGGUCAGAGGGCUCUGCUAUUUUUGGGAUGCCGGCCGGCGACAUACUAGUUACUUUCGGUAAACCACUUCAGGAAUGGUGCAAUGGAGAACUAAAUAGUGCCUCUGGGGAGAUACUAUUUCAGCCGACAGGUGAUUCGAGUCCUUCAUUCUCCAUCGAAUACAUGUGCUCUCCUCUGGUUUUGUCUCAUGAACCUGCUUGUGGAGCAAAGACGAUCUCCUUAGUGGAUCAACUGUUAGCAAUGCUUGUUCUUGCCUUGUUAUACAAAAUCUGGUCUUGGAUUUUCUCCUAGUUCCGCGUGGUUGCUAUCAGUUGAUUGGGUUUGUAUCCUCUUGAUUUCAUCCGGCGCAUAACUGAGUGCUGCUUUUGCUUCUUCAUAUCAAGGAUUAGCAAAAAGACUCAUCUGUUUGAGCCUUCACAGCUCCCUUAUUUAUACGUCGGGAAUCGACUGGCUGUACCUACAACAAGGUUUUGCAGUGGCAGUGGAAGGCCAUGGUGGUUUCUUACAUGACUUUUAUUGGGGGUUGAACACUUCUUGGUGUGCUUUGAGACCGUAAAGGUCUUUUGAGUUUGAUUUCUUUCA